AGUGAAGUCCUCUACAGAGAUCAAAAAACAAAAUAUAAAUGUCGGUAUCUUAUCAAAUACAUGAUCUGAUCUGAUAUUUUUGUAUCAUUUAGUUGCGAACUUUUACAAAUAACAUAUUUAUACAUGUGUACGUAUAGGGAGAUUAUAAUAUGUAUGCCAAAAUGGAAGUAAAAAUAUUACUGUUGAUGAUAUGUGCCAAUUUGGCAAUACAAGUGCAAUGUAAUUCAUAUAAUGAUGAUUUUCCAGAAAAAAUGUAUAUGAAUACUAGCGUAAACCCAUGUGAUGAUUUCUAUGAAUACACCUGUGGGAACUUCAAAAACGUAUAUCCAUUAGAUGAGGGUUCUUUGACCGUAGAUCACUUUACUUUACUGGAAGACAGGAUUGUUAAAAUUGCUAAUGAAAUUCUUUCGGAAAACGAUUUCAUUGACGAUCCUCAAGCUUUAAAUAAAUCAAAAUCUGCUUAUCAAUCCUGCGUUGACACAGUUUAUUUGAAUAAAGUAAAAAAUCCUGAAAUGGCCAUAGUCAACGCAGAAAAUGGAUUUCCACUAGUUCAGUUACCUUCGAUUACAAAAAAUAUUAAAUAUGGUUUUAAUGACAUAGGAGACGCAGUUAGCAAAUAUGGAAUUCCCAUGCUGUUCAAUUUAUUAACUUAUACAAAUAUAGAAGAUACAUCAGAAAAUCUACUUUAUAUUUAUACGAUAGACUCCACAACUCUGGCACCUUCCGAGAUAGGUAGUAUACGUCCAAAUCAUAGAUCGUCUUAUGAUGAGACUAUAGAAAUGGGAUUCGGAGAAUGGGGUAAAACAAAUAAAUACAAACGACAUUUGGGCCUACCUAUUCUGCAGCCCUUUGACAUCUUCUUGAGGAAAAUGGCAUUAAAACUACGCAACGCAUCACAAAGUAUUCUUACCGAUGAACAAGUGUUCAAUAAUAUCGACAAAGUUGCUGCUUUCACAAGAAGAGUCUUUACGAAUGGUGACUCUCAAAAUGUUGUUGUAGAAGAUUUUACAAACACUACUAUUACUUUAAAAGAAUUAAACGUUUGGACCAAAGAAAAAUUUAAUGAUACAGUUCAGCUAGACUGGGUGCAAUUUUUGCAACAUUAUUUCUCUAAUAGUGGUAGGGAGAUAACCGAGGAAACAAAAGUUUUUACCUACAACUCAUUUGCACAAUUUAUAUACGGAAUAAUUAAUCUUGUUAGAAAAACAGAAGAUCAUGUCGUAAAGAGUUAUGUUAUGAUGAGAAUUUUCACUCUUCUAUCACCUGAUGGUGAUGGUGAAUCUAGGCAAUAUAUAGAUGAGUAUUACAAAAGCAAGAAGUUUGCUAUCCUUCCUAGGUGGAAAUAUUGUACAAGGAAACUUAUCGAUUCUGUUGGAACAGCGGGUUUAAGUUUUGCUCUUGCUUACGAAUAUCAGUUACGGCAUUUUAAUGUCAAUUAUUUCACUCAGGCGCUAGAACUGAUAGAAGACCUCCAAGAUGCUUUUAAAGAAAUAAUUGAAAAUACUAAUUGGAUGGAUGCAACAACUAAAGCUAAAGCAUUAAAAAAGUUUAACAAUAUGAUUACAAUACUAGGUCAUCCAGACAUUUCAUACAAUAAAGAAGCCUUAGAUAAAUUUUACGAAAAUUUACGAAUUUGUAAAUGGGAUAACUACGGAAACAGCUUAAGAAUUAGAGCUUUCAAGAAUGCUUAUCAAAUUUCACAGAUUAGUAAAAGAGAAAGAGCAUUCUGGGAUAAGUCUCCAUUUGAAGUAAACGCAUAUUACAAUCGACCAAAUAAUAAAAUAAUUUUUCCAAUGUCAAUGUUGAAUCCAGUUUUCUUUGGAAAUAAAAACAGAAUUUUGGAUUAUGGACGAAUUGGUGCUAUCGUAGGGCACGAAAUGACUCACGGGUUUGAUAAAGAUGGCAUGGCAUAUGGUCCAGACGGAGCUUUCGAAUCAUGGUGGACAAAAGAGACAAAGGAAGCAUUUAUUAACAGAACAACUUGUUUCGUGAAUGAAUACGAUAAUUUUUACGAACCGGAAAUAAAUGCCAAUGUUAAUGGUACAAUUACCCUGAACGAAAAUAUAGCUGAUAAUGGAGGCGUCAGGGAAUCUUAUAGAGCUAUGAAAAAAAUGAUUGAAAAGUACAAUAUUGUUAAUGGAACUUCUGAAUUUACUCCAGAUCAACUAUUUUUCAUUGGAUUUGGAACAUUAUGGUGCAGCAAUCCUUCAAUUGCUUAUCUUAAAAAAGCGAAUGGGGAAAAUCACGCCAGAUCAAAAUUCAGAGUAAAUGGAGUUGUAUCUAAUAUGGAGGAAUUUUCGAAAGCAUUUAAUUGUCCUGUUGAAAGCAACAUGAAUCCGAAAAAUAAAUGUAUACUUUGGUAAAAAGUUUAUUAAUAUAUAAUCUCAUAAAUUUUAUGAAGCAAAUGUAUGUUUUAAAGGUUAGUUUGGUUGUAAAUAAUGUACAUUUGUCUAUUAAAUCAAUAC